AUGGCAGCUCGUAAGCGAACCCCGCUCCCGGUCUGGAAGCCAUGUGUAUACACUGACACGGUUUCUCCAGGUAGAAUAUUCGGUCUGGUCUCCCUCAUCCUGGUCGCAGCUGGCCUGCUAUUCAUGUUCUUCAUCCUCCUUGCCGGCGCCGUCGAUCAUGGUCCCGUCAACAAGUUCUACAUCCUUCAAGCCGACACCGCCAAUAUUCCGGGGGCACCAAGAGUCUCUCGGUGGUCAUACUGGAAUGUGUGUGGUGUUCAAAAUGGUCGCACUGUUUGCGGCGAUCAAGACUAUUCAGAUGUUCAUCCGGCAUACCCGCUCGAUCCCGCUUCUCAUCGCACCUUCGACACUCAUGUGAAUAUUCCCCAAAACUUCAUUGAUAACCAUGGAUACUACUAUUACAUGACUCGGUUCAUGUUUGCUUUCAUGCUCAUCGCUCUAUUUUUUGGAGUGUGCGCUCUUUUCACUGGAGUCCUUGCACUUUGCUCCAGAAUCGGCAGCUACCUGAGCGGAUUUUUGACCAUGAUUGCUGCGGUUUUCCAGGCAAUCAAUGCAUCAUUGAUGACAGCCGCUUACGUCAAGGGUCGCAAUAAUUUCCGCAACAACGGUCAGUCAUCCGACAUUGGCAAUUAUGCCUUUGGAUUCGAAUGGGCUGCCUUGGCCUGCUUCCUUAUCUCAACCAUCCUGUUCUGCAUGGGCGGAUCAACACAACGGGAAACCACGGCUUCUACACGACGCGGAUUUUUCCGUGGACGAAGGAGCCGGAGCACUCGAAGCAGAGGCAGCUUCGUUCACGAUAAAGAAUAUGGAUCAUAA